ACGCUGACGCGCAUUUACACCUUUCAGCGUCACUGUCCAUCCAUGUAGCCUACCUGAUAGGAAACUGAAACCAGCGAAAUUCAACUUGAUAGCACAUUGGAAUAAAUCGGAAAACUUGCUUUUUCUUCCAUUCCUUCUCUGAAAAUGAGCAGCCGACGGCGACGAUGCAAGCGUCAGUUGAUCAAGUUUACCCAGCAUAUUGCUCGAUUAAUCACAGGAACUCUGAACUCAGAUAAUGAGGACGAAGAGCAAGAGAGCACAACGGUGCGGUAUCACCCUGAAAAUCUGGAGCAACUGCAGUCGCAGACCCAUUUCUCAAGACAAGAGCUGCAGUUACUCUAUAGAGGAUUCAAGAAUGAUUGUCCAAGUGGAGUUGUGAAUGAGGACACAUUUAAAAACAUCUAUGCUCUGUUCUUCCCACUGGGAGAUUCAUCAAAGUACGCUCAGUUUCUCUUCAAUGCAUUUGAUAAAGAUAAGAAUGGCUCUCUUAGUUUUGAGGAGUUAGUCUGUGAUCUCUCUGUUUUGUUGAGAGGCACUACUGAAGAGAAGCUGAAUUGGGCUUUCAAUCUGUAUGACAUCAACAAAGAUGGACAGAUUACUAAAGAGGAAAUGUUGGAUAUUUUGAAGUCUAUUUAUGAUUUGAUGGGGAAAUCUAUCCAUCCACGGCUUAAAGAGGAGGCAGUGAGGCAACACGUCAGAAUGUUUUUCCAAAAAAUGGACAUAAACCAGGAUGGUGUUGUAACUAUUGAUGAAUUCAUUGACUGCUGCCAAAAAGAUGAAAAUAUCAUGCAGUCUCUUAAGAUUUUUGACAAUGCAGUUUAGAUGUUAAUCAGGAAUUCCAACAGUACUUUGACAAUUCUGAGCAACACUCAUUGGAUAAUUUCAUCUUUUCUGUGCUGCUGUUCUGUUCAGGACAGAGCUGGACAACUCUGGACUGCUCCAGAUGCCUGUGAAGUGACUGCUAAAUGUAUACAUACCUAGGGACAAGUUUGGGGGCUGUAGUGUGAUACAAAUGUAAGGUCAAUGUUAGUGGUAGAACAGCAACUGCUUUUACUAAACAACAUCAGUGUUCUAGUAUUAUGUGCUUCUGUGGUUACUGACAUGGCUCAUUUUUGGGUGCACUAACUAGCUAUUUAAUAUUAAUUGUAUCACACAUUUUCUUUUUCCACAGCUGAACUCUAAGUACUCUUGGUAUACUUAGGUAGAGAUUAAAACCAUGUUUAACCCUAAACUUUUUAAUAUUUAUUCCAAUAGAUGAAUAAUUUACUGUUUUUACUUGAAAUUCUCAAGGUCAAGCUAGAACCAUGUAUCUAAAGUGAACACUCACUUUUCUUGACGUCAAAUACGCACAUCGUUUUUAAAGUAACACUAGAUUUUUCAGCCAAAAACUAGUUCUGAGGUUGUAGUGUUUUAUUUUUAUUUUAAUUAUCUCUAUAUAUUGUACUUGCAUAUGAUGCAAAAAAUUUAAUUCUAAUUAACAAUGUUUUCAUAACACAAGGCCUAUAAUACUCGAAAGUGGUAGGGACACAUUUUUUUUGGUAACCAAAACACAGUGAAGACUUAUUUUUGAAAAUAAAUAUUCCAUAUGCAUAAAAAAGAGGAAGGCAUCUGUCAAUACUUCAAAAGCAGUUAGAAGGUAGAAAUUGAUUUGUAUUAUUUGUGGUCAUUUUGCUUGACCUGAGAAUUUUGCUUAUCAGAACAAUGAUUUGUUUUUCUUCUAAAGCUGUUAGCAUGCACAGUGUACAGUGAUGAUGAAAUUUGGCUUCUUUUCUCCUUAAUUUUCUCCUUAAUUUUAUUUUGGUGCUAUUUUCUGUUCUCUAAGUGCAGAAAUGCUUUGAUUCAUUAAAUUCUUUCCUUAUUGUCCAUAUCAUUAAACUAGCAAUUAUUCGAAGAA